ACUAAGAACAGCAAGUGGCCUAAGAAAGGGCGGGUCAAUGAGUCUGAAGUGGACCCUUCUGUUACUGUUGAAUUCCCACAGCUUGAUACAACUUCAAAAGUGAAGAUCAUUCAAGAGACAGUGAAAAAAAGACCUGAUGAAAAGACUGUCUCUUCAGCUCGUGUAAAAGAAAAUCCACAACUUCCUACAGGUGCCACGAAGCACUGUGGCCGAGCUGAUGAUUGUGUAGGAAAUCAGAAUUCUGAAUUACCUUCAAGACCACAAAGCUCAUUGAGAAAAGCUUAUAAAACUACCUUUUCUGGGAGUUUAACCAAAUCAACUGAUCUGGAGUACAUUGACAUUGAUUUAGAUCUGAAGGAUCCUCAAUUAUGUAGUGUCUAUGCCCCAGAUAUAUACAACAAUUUACGUACUGCAGAGCUUUCCAACAGGCCUUGCACUAAUUUUAUGGAAACAAUACAGCGGGAUAUUACUCAAAGCAUGAGAGGGAUUUUGGUUGAUUGGCUUGUGGAGGUAUCAGAGGAGUAUCAGUUGGUGGUAGAUACUCUCUAUCUCACAGUGCAUCUAGUUGACUGCUUUCUCUCACAAAAUUAUAUUGAAAGGAGAAGACUCCAACUGCUUGGCAUUACGUGCAUGCUGAUUGCCUCGAAGUAUGAAGAAAUUUGUGCACCUCGUGUUGAAGAAUUUUGUUUCAUCACAGACAACACUUACACGAGAGAGGAGGUUUCAAAGAUGGAGACUGAAGUACUGAGAUAUUUUGGCUUUCAAGUAUGUGCCCCCACCCCAAAAAAAUUUCUCAGGAGAUUUCUACGAGCCGCACAGGCCUCUUAUAAGAUCCCUAGUCUUGAGCUGGAAUACUUGGCAAAUUAUCUAGCAGAACUGGCACUAAUUGACUAUCAAUUCUUGAAAUUCCUUCCUUCUAUUAUUGCUGCAUCAGCUGUAUUUGUAGCCAGAUGGACAUUGGACCAAUCAAGCCAUCCUUGGAAUCCUACUCUUGAACAUUACACAACCUAUAAGGCAUCCGAACUGAAAACCUCAGUUCUGGCCUUACAGGAUUUACAAUUGAACGUCAAUGGCUGUCCUCUUAAUGCUGUACGCAUGAAAUAUAGGCAAUUGAAGUUUAAAUCUGUGGCGACACUUUCUUCCCAGAAACUGCUUGAUACACUGUUCUAACACUAAAUGGUCGAUCAUCUUCAAUACAAGGAGCUGCUAACAGAGAUAACUCAACAUUUUCAUAUGGAGUCUUACCAGAUUUGAUUAAGUUUCUUCAUGAUGUUGCUUCCAACUUAUAAUCCUCAAUUAUCUUCUCUUUGCAUAUUUACACCAUUUAAAUAUCACGUCAUUCUUGUCGACUAGGUUUCCACAUUGCUGGUUUUUGGUUCUCCCUAAAAUAACAUUUUCAUUUCAAUAGUUCAUCAGAUCAUUAUUUGUUAGUUUAAUUUCCGGCCCUCAGGAAAACUUACCACAUUAUUUUGUUGAGUUGUAAAAUUUUCUGUUAGGAGAAAUGUAAGUUUAACUGCUGAAUGUAAGGUCAGUUCAAGU